GCUCCCGCCCUUUCGGCUUGAGCGGCAGCAGCGUUUCUCUCCCGGCGGCUCCGGCGCGGCGCGAACAUGGCGGACCAGGCCAUCUCCUUCCUCAAGGACUUUCUGGCGGGCGGCGUCGCCGCCGCCAUCAGCAAGACGGCGGUGGCGCCUAUCGAGCGGGUCAAGCUCUUGCUCCAGGUGCAACAUGCGAGUAAACAGAUUGCUGCUGAUAAGCAGUACAAGGGCAUCAUCGAUUGUGUAGUGCGUAUUCCAAAGGAACAAGGAGUGCUGUCUUUCUGGCGAGGAAACUUGGCAAAUGUCAUCAGAUACUUCCCAACUCAAGCUCUUAAUUUUGCCUUCAAGGAUAAGUAUAAGCAGGUGUUUUUGGGAGGUGUAGACAAGCACACUCAGUUCUGGAGGUAUUUUGCUGGUAACCUGGCGUCUGGUGGUGCAGCUGGAGCCACUUCCCUCUGCUUUGUCUACCCCUUGGAUUUUGCAAGAACCCGUUUGGCUGCUGAUGUUGGAAAAGCUGGUGCAGACAGAGAAUUCUCUGGUCUCGGGGACUGUCUAGUCAAAAUCACCAAGUCUGAUGGUGUGCGUGGCUUGUACCAAGGGUUCAAUGUCUCUGUCCAAGGCAUCAUCAUCUAUAGAGCUGCCUAUUUUGGGAUCUAUGAUACAGCAAAAGGCAUGCUCCCAGAUCCCAGAAAUACUCACAUUGUUAUCAGCUGGAUGAUCGCCCAGACAGUGACUGCUGUGGCUGGCGUCGUCUCCUAUCCUUUUGAUACAGUGCGACGUAGAAUGAUGAUGCAGUCAGGACGCAAAGGAGCUGAUAUCAUGUACUCUGGAACAAUUGACUGCUGGCGGAAGAUUGCAAGGGAUGAAGGAGGAAAGGCCUUCUUCAAGGGUGCAUGGUCUAAUGUUCUCAGAGGCAUGGGUGGUGCUUUUGUGCUUGUGCUGUACGAUGAAUUCAAGAAAGUAAUUUAAACAGCCUAAAUAGAAUUGGAAAUCAAGUUGAGCAGAUCAUGUAGAAUAACUACCAUUAUGGACCAUUGACCUUCAAGAAAUUCCUGUGAGUCUUAUUUAUCGGAGCCAGAUGAUACUUCUGGAUGGGGCUAGAAACUGACAUAGAGGACUGAUCCACUUCUCCGUAACACACAUGAAAACACUGAAUCUGGCAAUUCAGUGUGACAAUUUUUCUUUACAGCAGUAAGGAAUGAGUGGCGUUGGUUCUGGGUCCAAAGUUGUUAGGUCCAAUUUAGGCAGAAAAAAAAUCAUUUGCCUGUGGAUCAGUCUUCAGUUUCAAGUCCUAUCUUCUAGGACCAUAAAAUUGUAUUUGAAAGCAUUUGCUAACAAAUCAUGUUCUUUUCCACUUGUACUGAAGCACUAUGUACCAUUUUGCACAGCUGAACAUCUAGCAACUUUGUUCUUAAAUUGGGGCAUUCUGCUGUAAAACAAUAAACAUACUUACUUGG